AUGGCACGCGCAUCUUCAUCACGAGCUGGACAGGCAAGAAAAGCAGGCGACUUUGACGAUCAGGCUUGGGGGAUCGAAUCCGACGAUGAUGACUUUGUCACGCAAAUUGCACCUCGCACAAACGUACCACGCAGUCUCAAAGCGUCUUCUCGCUCCUCGUCCUAUUCAUCUACCAGCAAGCACCACAAUCACCACCACCAGCAGACCUCCAUACGACCCGAUCAGAACCGCAGUCAACCUUCUUCCUCUUCGCUUCAAAGCAGUUCUUCCGCAUCGGCUUCAAGUACUGCGCCAGCUUCCAUUGUACGACGAGAAUCGCACAAUCGGCGUACUAGCUGGACUGUGAUCGACAAACAGCAAGGCGCAGUUGCCGCCCAAGAAUCGCUCGACCAGACCCCAAUCGCAGGCAGUCCACCAACAGAUUUAGCAGAUGCAAUGGCAGCAGGACUCGAUCUCGAUCGUGCCGGAAAUGCUAGUGGCGCUGGAUUUCAGAUCGUAGACCAAGAUCAAGGGCUUGCAAGUGGAAGCGAAACCGAGCAUGUAGACCUCACAACGGGCAAAACCGUGCGCCGUAGACGUCCGUCAGCUGCGGUAUCCAAGCCGAGCUCGGGGACGAGCGAAGCAGAGACGCUACGCCACUUCCUUCGCCAAGAUCUGGACCAUCUGGUCCGCGAUCCAUCUCACGCCCUCACCCGCCUCGCCGCACAAUGGUCAGACUCGUCUCUCCGUCCGAGUCCAUCUUCAGAUCAAGCUACCGGACCUGCUCGGCUACUCACCACCACCAGUAGACUCGGUGUCGCUCCAACACCGACAAAGCUUGACUUCACCUUUGACCCCAUAGCUGCUGCCGGUGAUGGCCUCAUCAUAACGGGACCCAGCUUCGCCGACACCGCAGAUGCAUACGCGUCGCCUUCUUCGGCAUCGUAUAUGGACAGUGCCGAUGUCAGCUUCAGCAACGACGGGUCAGUUCCAACAGACGAGAACGCCGACGGGACAGGGGGUAAGGGCAGCAUUACGCGCAAACGCAGUGUGCGCACCUCGAGACGUCGACAGCAACUCCUAGGCUGUCUAUCCAAGCAAAGCGUCGACAUUGCGAUGCUCCGCACCCUAGCGUGGGCUGGCGUUCCCGAUGAGCUGCGUCCACUUGUCUGGCAGCUGCUGCUUGGUUAUCUGCCGGCAGUGGCGUCUGUGCGCGUUUCCACGCUAUCACGCAAACGUGCCGAGUAUGCUGCGGGUGUACAGCUGGCUUUUGCCAAGGGCAUGGCAGCACUCGAUCAGGCCAUCUGGCACCAGAUCCACAUUGAUGUCCCCCGAACGAAUCCGGGCAUUCAGUUAUGGCAGCGUCAAGCCACACAGCGGUCCCUCGAGAGGAUCUUGUACGUCUGGGCAAUCCGGCAUCCAGCCAGCGGUUAUGUUCAAGGCAUCAACGAUCUCGCCACGCCCUUUUUCGAAGUCUUUCUGAGUGCUUACAUCGAUUCCGACCCAGAGAUGUUUGAUGUAGCUUUGCUACCAGCAAACGUGCUCCAAGCGAUCGAAGCUGACACGUUCUGGUGUCUCUCAAAACUUCUCGAUGGAAUUCAGGACAACUAUAUCUUUGCACAGCCCGGUAUCCAGCGGCAGGUACGGCGCCUUGGAGAGCUGGUCGCUCGCAUUGAUGCGCCUUUGCACGCGCACUUGCAGGCACAGGGCGUCGAGUACAUGCAAUUCGCUUUUCGUUGGAUGAACUGCUUGUUGAUGCGCGAGAUGAGCGUGCGCAACAUCAUCCGAAUGUGGGACACAUAUCUAGCGGAAGGCCCAGACGCGUUCUCCGACUUUCACCUCUACGUAUGCUCUGUGUUCCUGCACAAGUGGACGGACAAGCUGCAGACCAUGGAUUUCCAGGGAAUCAUCAUGUUUCUGCAAUCGCUGCCGACGCAGAGCUGGUCAGACAAGGAUGCAGAGAUGCUGCUAAGCGAAGCAUUCAUGUACAAGACGCUGUUUGGUAACACGGCGCACCUGAACAAGUGA